GCGGCAUAGUUCAAUUUCAAACUGCAACAAAUCAAAAAGCGUUGAACAAGCGCAAAACAAACAAAAUCAAACUUUUACUAAAAACAAAGUGAAAAAACUUUUUCAUAAAUUUUCUUGUGAGAACUGAAUAAAUUGAAUACAAAAGUAGCAAUGUCGUCUCUACCAUUGAUCUUGAGUUUGGCUGAUGACUUGAGCCGCUUGACACCAUUCUACGAGCCGGUGUUCUACACACGUUGGCCCGCAAUCACUACUUCACCCAGCGGCCGUUUACGUAAAUUGGAGAAGGAUUUACCACUAGCCACUGUGGGAAAGGAUGGUUUCCAAGCUAGCAUGGAUGUGCAACAGUUCAAGCCGAGUGAGUUGACUGUGAAAGUAGUCGAUGAUCACAUUGUGGUCGAGGGCAAGCAUGAGGAGCGUGAAGAUGAUCAUGGUUACAUCGCACGACACUUUGUAAGACGCUACGCUUUGCCAAAGGGAUUCGAGGCCGAUAAAGUUGUUUCCACAUUGUCUUCGGAUGGUGUCUUAACAGUUAGUGUGCCAAAACCGGCCAUUGAAGAUAAGUCCAAUGAGCGUGUCAUCCAAAUUCAACAAACUGGACCAGCGCACUUGAAUGUGAAGGAAAAUCCCGAGGAGACUAGCAAAGAAGAGAAAGCAAAAUUGUAGAGUCUUGUUUCCAUAUUGUUUGCAUUAUUAAGAGAAGAAAAGUCUGUUUAUAAUUUAAGUUUGUAAAUAAAUUUGAUUUUAGAAUUUGAAAAA